UCAUCUUUGCAAAACACCUCAUUUAAUUCCCUCUUCGUUAACCUACAUUUCACCCUUGCACGCGCCUGUACCAACGGAUCCUCAACUAACGCACAGCAGGCCACUGUGGCUGGAUGAAAAACAACCAUAUAAUCUUUUAGCUGCACUUGCUCCGUUCCUCUAUCGAAACCCACUUUACUGGAAAGUCCCGAAAAAUCUUUCUUGUUUAUUACUCGCUAUUCUCUCUUUUUGUCCACUCCCUUUUUCUUAAAACCUUACAUUUCACUCUCUCAUUCGCAAGAUGAACGAAAGCCAAGGACACGGAGGGUCACAGCCCAUCACCCCGCCGGGGGAGCAAGCCUACCACGGCGGUCUCUCUGCAACGCAAAUUUACGGCGAGCAGGGAAUGGAUCCGGCGUUCGCUGAUUCGUCGCGGCUCGAGGCGCCCGAUUCGUUUAUCCCGCGGCGCAGCGCACCGGCACCGCCGUCGGGGUCACGGCAUGCUCCAUCCAGCUCGGUCUCCGGGACGCCCAAUGGCGGGUAUGCAAACGGCUCGGGCGAGUUUGCGCAGGGCGGCAUGGUCCCGUCACGGCAGGCGCCGCCGCCGCCCAAGAAGUCGGGCCACGGUCCGGGAAACACGCUGCAGCGGAGCAAGACCACAGCAGGCAAUCUGCAGCAGAGCCUGCCGACGCGCAAAUACUCGGACGGGAAACCCCUUAAUAGCACAUAUCUGGGCCAGCUGGAGCCCAUCCAGGUCGACAACUCGCAGGGCAACAAGUCGUUCAAGGGAGCAGUCAACAAGCUGUUCUCGUCGAUGUUUGGUAAGGAGUCUGACUCGUUGUCUGGCGACAAUCGGUCUGAGAUUUCUGCGCCGUACAACCCCAUUCACCUCACGCACGUCGGCUUCAACAACGAGACGGGCGAGUUCACGGGACUGCCGCGCGAGUGGUCGAUUAUGCUGCGCGAGGCUGGCAUCACCAAGCAGGACCAGGAGGCGAAUCCGCAGGCGGUGAUGGAGGUGAUGCGCUUCUACCAGGAGAACACAAAGCACAUGGACGACAUGGUGUGGAAGAAGAUGGCCGGUGUGGACAACGGAUCAGCUCCUGACGCAGGACGCCAGCAGCAGCAACAGCAACAGCAGCAGCAGACUAUUCUGCACGCUCAGCGCGAGCACCGUCAGCAACCCAGCGCCGAGGGCACGCCCGCCAGGACCCCGCCGCCGCAGCUGCCAAACAUUGGCGAGGACGGGUCGCUGGUAAACCCAAUCAACACGUCGCUGGAGCGCCCGCCACAGCAGCCGGCUGACCAGUACUCGCCGCAGUACCGCGCGCCUGGCGCCACUACCAGUCACCACCAUCAGUACACGAACAGCGACGGAGCACGGCACCAGUCGGCGGUGGCAACGCAGCAGAUGCAGCGUGCCUUUGAUGAGGACGGCGAGCAGACUAGAUACCGCCAGCCGCAGCGGGCAACGACGUCGGGGCCAAAGCCGUCGUACAGCCAGUCGUCGUCGGGCACCACGACUCCCAAGGCUCCCAAGGUGCACGCCAGCGCAAGUGUCCAGCAGUUCCCGUCGUCGUCGUCGUCGUCGUCAUCCCAGCAGCCGCAGCAGAUCAAGAAGCAACCGUCGUUCGGUGUUCUCCAGCAGCAGGCACAGCAGCAAAUGCAGGCGCAGAUUCAGGCCCAGCAGCAACAGCAGCAACAGCAGCAGCAUGCACUGAAGCGCGGCCAGACGCUGCCAACACACCCAAAGAACAUGCAGGGGUCGUCGCACCACCACGCUCAGCAGUCACAGCCCGGGAUGCCGCAACAGAGCGCGACCAUGCACGGCACACAUCCAUCGGCGCUGAAGAAGCAGUCGAGCAGUCAUCAGCUCAAGCAGCGCGGCCCGAUGCCCAACAACUACGGGCAGGCACAGCAGCCGGUGCCCCAGCUGCAGCAGGCGGUUUACCAGACCAAGUCGGCGGCACAACAGCCCCAGCAGCCUGUGCAGCGUCACCAAACGAUGCCCAGCAAGUCGGCGAUGCCUAAGCCGCAGCAGCCGGUACCUCCACCGCAGCAGCCGAUGCAGGGCCAGCCACAGCCGCCGUCGACGGACGAGGUUGUGAUGCGGUUGCAGUCGAUCUGCAACCCGAACGACCCGACGCUGCUGUACCGCAAUUUCGUCAAGAUCGGGCAGGGCGCCUCCAACAUUGUGGCGAUCAAGCAGAUGAACCUGGAGAAGCAGCCGAAGAAGGACCUGAUCAUCAACGAGAUUCUGGUGAUGCGGGAGAGCAAGCACAAGAACAUUGUGAAUUUCAUCGACAGCUUCCUGCACCGCGGCGAUCUGUGGGUGGUCAUGGAGUACAUGGAGGGUGGCAGUCUAACGGACGUCGUGACUAACAACCUGAUGACCGAGGGCCAGAUCGCCACGGUGUGCCGAGAGACCCUGGAGGGCCUGGAGCAUCUGCAUUCGAAGGGCGUGAUCCACCGUGACAUCAAGUCCGACAACGUGCUGCUGUCGAUGAAUGGCGACAUCAAGCUGACUGACUUUGGAUUCUGCGCGCAGCUGACGGAGAACGCGGCGAAGCGCACGACGAAUGGUGGGCACGCCGAGUAUGGGCCCAAGGUGGACGUGUGGUCGCUGGGCAUCAUGGCGAUCGAGAUGGUGGAAGGCGAGCCACCGUACCUGAACGAAAACCCGAUCCGCGCGCUGUACCUGAUUGCAACGAACGGGACGCCAAAGAUCCAGAACCCCGAGAGCCUGUCGAUGGUGUUUAGGGACUUUUUGAGCCAGGCGCUCGAGGUCAAGGAGUCGAAGCGGCCGAAUGCGACUGAGCUGCUCAGGCAUCCGUUCCUGCAGAAGGCUGAUCCGCUGCGCUCCCUGGCGCCGCUGAUCAGGGCGGCCCGGGAGGCCAUUCGUACAGCACCGCACUAA